AUGUCUGCGCUUGCAAUACCCUACCUUGACCCGCUCAACCAGGCGUUGGCAAGCACCACGUCGCCUGAGAUUCUCGCAAACCUCACUCUCCCCGAGUACCUCGCAACAUUCGGCCCAUCCCAGGAGCAUGAAAAGCUGGGAGGCGUGGACCGAAGCAGCUUUAUGGCGCCUGUGGAAGGUGGUGUGGAGCUGUGGAUAUACAAGACCGAAGGCAUACCCGAUGAUCCCCCACUGCCAUACAUCUUCUUCAUCCACGGUGGCGGAUGGUCUGUUGGAAAUAUCGAAGAAUAUGACAGUAUUGUGCGCGAUCUAGCCCUGCAGACCGGUUUCCCGGUCGUGUUUCCGGAAUACACUCUUGCUCCAGAAGUCCAGUUCCCUGUACAGCACGAGCAGUGCUACGAGUCCCUCAAGUGGCUGACGGAGAACGGCGAGACGCUGGGUCUGCAAGGGACGAACUUCACGCUCGCAGGAGACAGUGCAGGUGGCCAUCUGACAGCCGGCCUAAACAUAAUGUCCAUCGAAAGGAAAGAAUUCAAAAUCCCAUACAACGUCAUCAUCUGCCCGGCAACCUCGACAGACCUCACCGUAGCCCCAACCCUAUCCGAGUACGAGCUGUUCGGCGGCCCCUUCAUCUCGGUGCCCAUCGUGCGCGCCAUGGCGCGCAACUACAUGCCGCGCGCCGAGGACCGGGCCUCGGCGCUCGGGUCGCCCAGGGCCAUGCCGGACGAGGUGGCGGCGCAGUUCCCGCCGACGCUGAUCGUGGUCGGGAGCGCGGACCCGCUGCGCUCCGCCGGGGAGCUGCUCGGGGAGAAGCUCCAGGGGCAGGGCGUGGACUGUGCGGUCAUCGUGGGCUACGGGCAGCUUCACGAUACGAUUGUUGCGGAGGCGACGAGGAAGGGCCCUACGCCUAGUGCGAUGCUGACGCUGAUUGUUGCUGAGAUCAAGCAGAGGCUUGCUGGCUAG